AUGAGCGCGGCGAAAUAUCUCAAGAGAUUGGAGCGUGAUAGGCCAGGCGCAGGCCAAGCAGCAGCACAGGCGGCAUCUAAUGAGAAUUUCUGCCUUGUCGGCACGCCACUUCCCAGUCUCGAAUCAAAGAAGGACAGAAACGAUUAUGAGCCAGUGUGGCAGCAGGAAGUGCUCGACGAGCAGGGAAGGAGGCGUUUUCAUGGUGCAUUUACUGGUGGAUACAGUGCUGGAUACUUUAACACAGUUGGAAGCAAAGAGGGCUGGACACCGUCGACUUGGAAGAGCAGCAAAGAUACCAACCAGAACAAGAGAUCCAGGCCAGAAGACUUCAUGGAUGAAGAAGAUCUCGAGGCUCUCAAGGAGGCAAGAGUGCUGCAAACUAGACCUGAUUACGACCUCCUGGCGGGCGAUGACGCCAACAAGCGCAGCAGAGUCGAUGACGGUGCUAGCGAUACUUUCGCGAAUAUAUUUAGACCCGCAAAGCACGGUAUUGGUACACUACUUAUGCGUAAAAUGGGCUGGAGGGAUGGUCAGGGUGUCGGGCCUCGCGUAAGCGUCCUCCAAGCUAAAUCUCAAGAUGCUAAUCUCAAUGUACUCGUCGAACACGGCGAAAACCACACUUUUGCACCCAAAGAUACUGCUCUUACCAUACCACCCCGCCAGAUAGCAUCGCAGGGACUAGGAUAUGCGUACACAGUACACUCUCUGAGACCUAGCCAGCCAGACAACCGUGUCGGCGAGCUAAGAGGCGAUAUCUCUCAUGGUUUUGGUCUGGGUAUUGAAGAUGCCGAUGAGGACGACAUGGAUGUUUAUGGCGGCCCCUCAGCGGGUAUUGAGAAGAAAAAUAAACUUAACCAACUAGCUUAUGACGACAACCAACAUCAGCAUAGCAGCUUCGCUGCCAAACAGCAGCGCAGGCAGACUUCACCGCGCGAUUCCGUCGGUGUGGGGUUUUUCAAUGAUGGAAAGCCCCUUUUAAAAGGAUUCGCGUUGCAGAAAGGUCAGCAACAGGAGGAGACUUGGUUCAGCCAGCCUGAUGUACCUAAAGAUUGGAAGCCGGAUCCUUCAAGAGUGCUCAAGCUGGACAUGACAGAUAAGGAUGCACAAAAGGUGAAACCUGCUGCUCGCGAUGCACACGACCGUGCAAGGAUACUGGGCGAGGAAUUGCCAAAGAAAUCUGUAUUCGACUACAUAUCAGCAAAAGACAAACAACGGCUGGAAAAGGAGCAAUCAGACUAUGAAGAUGAGGAGAUUCGAAUACCGCCGAUAGACAAAGCUACCGCCAAUAAUGCACUGCGUGCAAGCAUACCAUUCCCAGAAGAUGAUGCUAAGAGGGGGAGAUACACUGCAUAUCUACACUCUCAGUCAGAUCCACAGAAUUACCCGGCAGAUAUUGUAAACCUAUCGUCAGACGGGCAGACGAAAACGCAAUUCAACAUUGAACUGGUUGAAUUUCAGAAGGUAGCAAGUCUGUACAAACCAAUGACAGCUGCUAUGGCUGGACGGUUCACGACAGGAUCCCGCAGCGUAGGAGCGUCUGAGACACCAGUAAUAGAACCUGGUUUACGGCCUGGUGUUGCACCCAAGCCCAAAGAACCAUCACCGCCGCCCAAAUCGAUAGAAGAAGUUCGAGCAGAGCGUGAUGCAGAAAGGAUGCAGAAAGAAACACCUCUUCAGAAGGCAGUACGGGAAGGUACUAUGGGUAUUAAGCAUGGGACGCACACAUUUGCACCGUGGAAGCCAUCCAAAUUGCUCUGUAGGAGAUUUCAAGUGCCACCUCCGGCAAUAACGCUCGAGAGUGACGAUAAAGAGAGCGACGCAGGAUUCCAAUUUGGGAAAAGAACGGGUGAAGAAGUGCCCAAGAAACAAGAUGCUUGGGCAGCUGCUGGACUGCAGGAUACAUUAAUGCCCGCGCCGCCAAAUUUAGAGGAAUUGGAAUCAAGACAUGCCGCAGUGGCUGAGCAGGGUUUGCAAUCAAAACAGGUCGGGCUAGGUGAAGACGAGAAAACAAUGGAAGAGAUAGCGAAGCAGACACGGCCGUCAAUGGACGUGUUUAAGGCUAUCUUCGACGAUAGCGAGGACGAGAAGCCCAAAGGCAACGACAUUCGCGAGAAUCGAGCGGAGCCACAAAAGACGGCGCAAAAAAAGAAAAAGAAGGAGGCUAAGAAGCGCUCAAAUGCGCUUAACAAGCUCACCUUUGAUGAUGACGAAUGCGAAAAUGUCGCAGAAAAAGCAAAGGCUAAGCGACAGACAGCCGCGGAUUUUAUCGGAAAAUCGACGUUCGCGGCAGCAUAUUCGUUGAAGCAGCACCAAGACCAAUUAAUGUCAGAGAGGCGUUCAGACGCUUUUCAAAAUAUAUUUGGUAGGCCGUCUGCCAGCCACCACCAGCAGGGAUACCGUCCCAAUCCCAGAUAUCUCCAGCAAGCGACUGUCCAGCAGCAGCAGCAACAACAACAACAACAACAACAACAACAACAACAACAACAGCAGCAACAGUACUAUCAGCAGUACUACUACCCACAGUACGGAUACGACUACAACCAGUACUACCGCUCGCAGUCGGCUAUGGGCUUCAGACAGCCCCAGCAGCAGCCUCAGCAGCAGUACUACCCCACCAGUAUAUACGGUUACAGCGCGUCAGAAGAGCAGCUACCAACUUCUGCUUCGACCACGAGUCAAUAUUCCAGCAGCUCAGCAUACGCAGUCCCGCCUUCUUCGAGUACCACCAAUUAUAUGGGCCAGUACACGACGCGCGCACCAACGUCUACCUCUGACCCACUGCUUGAGGCAGAUGAGGAUGCACAGGCCCAGCCUCCGCCCGCGUACACGCAAGCAACUUUUGACAGCUAUAUUCCGAGGGCGGUGACACCAGCUGCUGUUGCUACAACGCCUACACCAACCAUGUAUUCCAGGCCACCACCAACGUCGGCGAAUCCGACAAACAUACCUCAUCAACAGCACUACCCCCGUAGCAUAAGCGGAAGCACGAUUAAUACGGCUGUUCCAAUCAGCACAACUCCAGCUCCGACAACCUCCAUCGUUUCAGACACGACACGUGGUGACACUCUCCACACUCCAACUGAACCACAUGCACAGCGUGCUAACUCGUUCCCUUCGUCCACGCUGGCUUCACCUGCCACAGCCAUUGCAGUUGCUCCAGUUAAAAAGGCACGCAGCUCUGCAAGAUCGAGCAAGAGCAAGAGAGAAGCCAUCAUUGCUCCUCGCACUGGUCCACUUACUGGUGGACUUAAUAAGAUUUACCCUGCACUUCUCUCACGCGUCGCAGAGGCUUUCAAAUCCCAGCUGCCUCUUUCUGAAAAAGUAAAAGAUGGUCUGACGUACACUGAGGCAUUCGACGGCUCACAAGCUGUCGAUUUACUUUGUCAGAUUAUUCGCACCACAGAUCGCAACAUAGCUCUCUUACUGGGUAGAUGUCUGGAUGCGCAAAAGUUCUUCCAUGAUGUUCAAUGGGAGCAUCGCUUGAGAGAUAGCGAUAAGGAAAUAUACCGCUUCAAGGAGAGAAUACCAUCGCCAAUAUUCGGAGACGGCGAAGAUGCACCUGUUGAUAUUGACGAUGAUGAUGAUCUCGAUGAUAAUGAUAACCCAACCAGAAGCUCAAAUAGUCUGGCUCCGUCUAAAUUAUCUAUACCUUCACGCUCAGCAUCGAUGCCAUCUCGCUUCAAGGAUAAAGGAGCUUCUAGAAAAGAGCAAUUGAUUAAUGCAAACAAACAACCACGGUCAUCGGCACCUAUUGAUUUUAAUUACAAUCAAAACCAAAUUGAGGAUGGCGCUGUUAAUAGUUCUUCAGAGAACAACACUUCAAGUGACGAGGUUCCAACAGGUGUAUUUACGCUGUUGACUGCUUGUUACUCGCCUACAUGUACAAAGGACCAUCUUUGUUAUAGUAUCACGUGUCCACGUCGUAUCGAACAGCAACACCGUAUGGCUAACCGCGGCGGCAAUUUCAAACAAUCCGACGGAUCACUUAGACGUACUAAGACCAAGAAAGUGGCCAAGAACGUCCUCACGAGAGAAAGCAUUGGUGAGGAACCCCUCAUAGAAGAAACAGUCACCGAAGGUCUUAAUGAACUCAACGUUGGCGUCGGAGAGGAAGCCAGUGAUAACGUUGUAAAGGCUGAGCUCGGGAGUAGUUCGAAUAUAGCCAGUGAUAGAGCUCCUGGUCAGCUUUGGGUAGAAUCUGUACCAAAGGAGGUCAUUGAGUCGUGUUCUAGUGAAGAAAUCAAGAGACAAGAAGCUAUCAACGAAGUCAUCUACACUGAGCAAGACUUCGUUCGAGACUUGGAAUACCUGCGCGACUUCUGGAUCGAGCCAUUGAGCUCUAGUAACGUCAUUCCAGAAAACAGACGUAUGAUUUUUUUACAGCAGGUAUUCUGGAACGUGUUGGAGAUUCAUGCUUCAAAUGUCAGGCUGCGCGAUGCGUUGGUUAUGAGACAACAGACAAGGACCAUUGUCGACCGCAUUGGUGAUGUGCUUCUUCCAUUUGCUCAGACCUUUGGCCCAUUUGUCAACUACGGUGCACACCAGCUUUACGGAAAGUAUGAGUUCGAGAAGGAAAAGUCAUCCAACCCUGAGUUUGCGAAGUUUGUUUUAGAGGUCGAGCGUAAGAAGGAGUCUAGAAAGCUAGAGCUAAAUGGAUACCUUACAAAACCAACAACGAGACUGGCUAGAUAUCCACUCCUCCUCGAUGUAGUCUUGAAGUAUACACCGGAUGAUCACCCUGACAAGAAGGAUAUCCCAAUCGUCGUUGAAAGCAUACGUGCCUUUUUGAGAAGAGUCAAUGUCGAGACUGGUAAGAGUGAGAACCGCUUUAACCUCGCACAAUUGGAAUCACAAUUACAAUACAAGCCUGGUCAGGAGCGUAUAGACUUGCGUCUCAAGGAGGAGAUUAGAGAGUUAGUUUUUAAGGGUGCUCUCAAGAAACGCGGUGGUGCACCACCGAGUGAAAGUGCAGAAUUACAGAUGUUCCUCUUCGAUCACGCACUCUUGCUUGUCAAGCCAAAGGUCGUUCACAAACAUGAAGUUUACAAGGUGCAGCGUAAACCAAUUCCACUAGAGUUGUUAAUUGUUUCUUCGACCGAUGACCAGUAUAACAGUCGCUUUGUCUCAAGCUCAUCGGCAAAUGUUUCAUCAGGUCACAGCAAGCCUCGUACACUCCUCAAAAGCCAAAGCAAUGCGAGAAUGAAUGAUUUGAUGUUCAAUGACCGUGAUAGUACCCUGUCACUCGAAACUACCAGCACAGAAACAUUCAGCUCCACGGCACCACCAAAACCUGAAUCUAGACUAGGAUACUCGAUAACUCUUCAACAUCUUGGUCGCCGCGGAUACACCAUCACUCUUUGGGCUUCAACCUUCAUCAAUAGACGUAAAUGGUUGGAACACAUUCACAACAGGCAGAAGGUCUUGAGUGAGAACAAGGCUCCAUUCGAACUUGAGGUUAUAAGCGAUGGAUUCUUUGUUGGCACUGACAAAGCCAAUUGUGCCGUCCCAUACGCUCAGGGCAGGAGAUUGGUUUAUGGUACAGAUAACGGCAUCUAUAUGUCUGAUAAACCAAAUGAGCCUCCAAGAAAAGUCAUCGGUAUGCCAUCAGUUACUCAGAUAGAAGUGUUGGAGGAGGACGAGAUUAUUGUUCUCCUUGCAGAACGCUCCAUUUGGACAUUUGAGCUGAGUGUGCUGCAUGAGAAUGAUCCAGAAGGUAGCUUGAAGAUGGGCAGAAAGAUAUCGUCUCACACGUCCUUCUUCAAGAGUGGUAAAUGUCUGGGUAGGACUCUUGUCUGUAUUGUUAAGAGCUCGAGUCUUUCAUCGACCAUCAAGGUGCUAGAACCAAUUGAGAAAGACCUGAGAAAUAGCAAGAAAGCUCCUACUCUCAGAAAGCUGGUCGGUGGCGGCAAAGAAGUCUUGAGGGUGUUUAAGGAAUUCUACAUACCCACGGAAUCCUCUUCCAUUCACUUCUUGAGGUCUAAACUGUGUGUUGGAUGUACGAAAGGAUUUGAGAUUGUCGAUUUGGAGACGCUCGACACCCAGGGACUGCUCGAUCCAGCAGACACCUCGCUCGACUUUAUUGUGAAGAGGGAGGGUGUCAAGCCAAUGGGUAUAUAUAGGGUCGAGGGUGAUUUCCUCCUUUGUUACGAUGAUCUCGCAUUUUAUGUCAACAAGAAUGGUUGGAGGGUGCGCAAAGACUGGCUUAUUCGCUGGGAAGGUCAACCACGUGGCUUCGCAUUCUACUAUCCGUACAUUUUGGCGUUUGAUCCAAACUUUAUCGAAGUCAGGCACAUCAGCAACGGAGAACUUGUGCAGGUAAUCUCAGGACACGGCAUCAGCUUGAUGUAUGCUGACUCCUCCAACUCGACACCACUAUCUGUGCAAUCGCAGUUAGAAUUGGAGGCACAGGCUCAAGCGCAAACAGCUCAACAAGCCACCGUCGCAGCUAUCCAAGCUGGUUACCCGCCGCAGCAAGCUACAGCAUACGGUCAGCACUUUGCUGCCCAACAGCACUACGCUAGACAGCAGUAUCAACAGUACGCACAGCAUCAAGCUCAGCAACAGGGCUAUUCGUCUGGCGCUCCUAACUACAGCCUGCCUUUCCACAACAGUGGUCACAACACAAAGCCCACGGCGACUGCAAAAAAGCAAUCGGACUCAAAUAAGCACACUGUUUACGCUGAUGACGGCCAUAUCAUUGCCCUCAAGGUCAAGCAAAGUUAA